AUGCAUCGCCUUACUAUUCUCCUUCUGCUCUUUUGCUCUCUGAUAACAAUUAAUUGUUAUCAACAACAACGUCUCAAUCAGUACCGUAUUCCUCAUUUGAAUCUUCCAUUCACUGAUGAGCCUAGAUAUUAUGCACCGGAAAGAGUAACUGCCGUUCAGAAACAAAAAACUAUUCCGCUUUGCGAGUAUUGGAGAAUCCUAGGAGUCUAUCGGGAGGAGUGUCAAGAAGAUGAAAUUCUGAUGGACGACUAUGAAACCAAUAAACAAAAGGAGUCAUUUGAGAUAGGUCUCCCAGUUUGUCGUCUGAAGUUCCUAACCGCGUCUUGUGUCAAAUCAGCUAAAUGUGCAUCUGGAACGGUAUGUCUCGAUUUCUCAACUCAACGCUGCUGUCAUCCGAUGCCUGGAACAUGUCCAACUCCCACUCAACUCGGCUAUAAAUGCAUGGUCUACACUCCUAUCAGCUGGUGUACCACAGAUCAAGACUGUAAGGGAAAGAAGUGCUGUCCAACGGGAUGUGACUAUAAUAGUCUUGUGGGUAAGCAUACAGAAGAUCCAAUGCCACAUAUCCGAAGUCAAACAUUGGGCGGAAACGAUGGGCUGCUGGAAGUGGAUUACCGUUGUGAUACCACUCAACAGUCAUCUUCACAUCGUUAG